GACUGAACGCAAUCACACUAGAGAGAGAGAAAAAAAAACUCCAUAACAUGGAAUAGUAUAAAUAAAAAACGUGACGAGAAAGCGUCAAUAGCAGUACUCGACUCUACUAGUACUUCGUAUUCACCUGUUAAAUCCAUCGAAACUGAACCUCUUUGGCGCUGCAAUAUGGGAAAUCAGAAGCAGAAGUGGACGCCUGAAGAAGAAGAAGCUUUGCAUCAAGGCGUUCAAAAACACGGUACCGGAAAGUGGAAGAACAUUCUCAGAGACAAAGAGUUCGCCGAAAAACUCUGUAGCCGUUCCAACAUUGAUCUCAAGGAUAAAUGGCGGAAUUUAAGCGUUUUUCCUGGUCAAAACUCUAAAGAUAAGUCUAGGACUCCCAAGGCGAAAUCGUUAGUUAUUGCUUCUGCUCCUGCUACUCCGGCUUCUGCCCCUGCUACUCCAGUUAAUGCUACUCUGCAAAAUGUUGCUCCUGCGUCUCAAAUUCAGACUCCUACACACCAGCCUUCUCAAAUUGAGGAUGCUCCUCCACAGUACAAUUCAAUGAUUUUUGAAGCUUUAUCAACAAUCAGAGAUGCCAAUGGGUCCGACUUGAGUGCUAUUGUUAGCUUCAUUGAGCAAAAGCACAACAUUCCUCAAAACCAAAAUUUCAGAAGGGCAUUAGGUUCAAGGCUAAGAAGGCUUGUUACUCAAGGGAAGCUUGAAAAGGUACAAAAUUGUUACAAAAUUAAGGACACCCCAGUGGAGACAAAGCCGGCUGUUGACUCAAAACCACCUGCACCAAAAGAAAUGAAUUCGCCGGCGCCAGAGGCAUCUAGUACUUCGGCAUUUGAUAAUGCAAUGAGGGAAGCUUCCGAAAUUGUAGCAUACAGAAUUGCUGAUGCGGAGAAUAAGUCAUUUUUGGCUGCUGAGGCAGUCAAGGAGACAGAAAGAUAUGCAAAGUUUGUUGAGGAAAAUGAUGCAAUGUUAAAGUUUGCCGAAGAGCUUUUAGAAAAAUGCAAGCUUGGUGGAAGUUUUCGCUUCGCAUAAAUUGGUAAAUGCUAGGCUUAUAGUGUUUUUGUUUUUACAUGUAAAUUGGUCAUCCAUUGGAAAGUGCUUUUAUGAAGCUCCCCCUCACCCCAAUAGAAAAUUUAAACCCCGGUUAGUAUAAUUUUUUUUGUCAAGUUCCUUUGAGACCAAAAAAUUUAUAUUUUAGUACUUUUUUGGGAAUAAAAUUGGUUUAUUUAGUUUUAUGAAA